AUGAGUCUUGCUGGAAAGCUGGUUAACCAAAUCGAGAUAAAGUCCGAUGGAGAUGUGUUUCAUGAAAUUUUUAGGUACAGACCACAUGAUAUAUCCACCAUGAGCCCUAGUAAUGUUCAAGGCUGCGAUCUGCAUGGUGGUGAUUGGGGAACCGUAGGAUCUGUCACUUUCUGGAACUUUACUCAUGAUGGGAAAGAGAAAGUGGCCAAAGUGGUAAUUGAAGCCAUAGAUGAGGCGAAGAAAUCAAUCACGUUCAAAAUGAUUGAAGGAGAUCUAAUGGAGUUUUACAAGACCUUCAUCGCAACUGUUCAUGUUGAGGCUCUGGGUCAAAGCUGCUUGGUUGCAUGGACCAUCGAGUAUGAGAAACGAAGUGAGAAUGUCCCUGACCCAAAUACUUUGAUGGAGUUAGCCCUUAAUAUCACUAAGGAUAUUGAGACUCACCAGCUCAAAUGA